AUGGUGAAUCCCGUGCCGGUCGACCAUACACCGCCGACGAAUCUAUACCGGCCCAUUCAAGCACCCUUGGAUGUAGAACGCUAUCCUGUCGCGCCUGAAGGAUUGAAGUUGGAGCAAGUUCACGUAUACGUGAGGCAUGGGGAGCGAAGUCCAGUAGGCGUUCGGCUGUCUGAUCCACCAGCAAGCAUACCCCACCAUUGGAUGCUCUGCACAAAGGCACGUCGGUACCAGGCUUCUGUAGUGACGGGAUCAUUGGAAGAACAAACUCUAAGCACACGGAAACUGGUGGAACGUUCGGAUGGAUCCAGUGCUGAAGGAGAAUGUUUGCUCGGUGAACUGACAGAUAUCGGUCGCAAGUCGACAUAUAAUUACGGUGCAGCGCUGAGACAAAUCUACAUUGACAAACUAGGGUUUCUCCCUAAUUAUCUUCAAACGGAAGGACUCACGUAUUUCCGGAGCACCAACAUGCCUAGAACAAUUGAAUCUUUGCAACAGAUCAUACAUGGCCUUUACCCUACAGAAAAGUGCCAUCCAACUCUGACGCCUCCACUGGUUGUUCGGAAUGGGAAAGAUGAGAAUAUGCUCGGGAAUACAUAUUCGUGUAAACGAUUGGAGAUUCUAUUAGUAGGGUUUGCCCAAGCCGCGGCCUCCGCAUAUAACCACACACUCGAGCCCCUUGAUAAGAAGCUAUCAAAAUACCUGGGUGGAAACCCCAUCCGUGUCGACGGGAAGCCGCGAGCUUCUGGCAUUUUGGAUACAAUUCGAGCUUCUUUAGCCCACAAUAUCAAAGUCCCCCCAGAGUUCGAGGAGAAACCUGUCAUGGACUUGAUCGAACGGGCCGUUGUGAAUGAGUGGUUUUCAGACAAAACAGAAGAAGUUCGCCGUCUUGGCAUGGGACGCUUACUGGACGAUAUUUCAAGAAAGAUGCGGACCAAAAUCGAGCAAGGUGAUAAAGAUCCGCUUAAAAUCCUUGUUCAUACCACACACGACACAGCAUUAGCUGGGCUAUGUUCGACUCUAGAUGUGUUUGACGACAAAUGGCCUGCCUUCACAGCGUCAAUUACCUUCGAAUUGUUCAGAAAGAGUAAAGACGAUGAGUCACGGUCGAUGUUCCAGACGAUAAUGGCCCCGUUUCAUGCCAAACCUGCUGAUGAGCACUUUGUCCGAAUGCGAUACCAGAACAAGAACUUGCACUUGCCGAUCUGCGCAGAUGAGGGUAAACACCUUCCUGGUUCUCCAGAGUUUUGUACGGUCACUGCCUUCCUUGAUCGUAUCAAAGAACUUGCCCCCGUGGACUGGGAGGCGGAAUGUACGCCGGCCGGAAGAGCAUCGAUCCCAUAG